CGCGCGCUGCCUAUCCUCCGGUCCCGGCGGCUCGUGCGCCCGUCUCUCUUGCAUUCUCUCGUCUCUCCUUAUAACGUCGGGACGGCGGGGCGCAUGCGCGCGCGACUCCCGAGCUCUUCUGGUUAGAGUAUCCAUUUUGAUCACAUAGUUACCGAAAUCAAACAUGGCAGAUAUCGAAGAUACUCAUUUUGAGACCGGAGACUCUGGUGCUUCUGUUACAUACCCGAUGCAAUGCUCAGCACUGCGUAAGAAUGGUUUUGUCAUGCUAAAGUCUAGACCUUGCAAGAUCGUGGAAAUGUCCACUUCUAAAACUGGAAAACACGGUCAUGCCAAGGUUCACCUCGUUGGCAUCGACAUAUUUUCCUCCAAGAAGUACGAAGAUAUUUGCCCUUCCACGCAUAAUAUGGAUGUACCGUUUGUUAAGCGAGAGGAUUAUCAGUUAACGGAUAUAUCUGACGACGGAUAUCUGUGUUUGAUGGCUGAUAACGGGGAUUUACGUGAAGAUCUCAAAAUACCCGAUGGUGAAUUAGGCACUCAACUUCGUGCCGAUUACGAUGCUGGAAAAGAAUUGCUCUGCACAGUGCUAAAAGCCUGUAACGAGGAAGUAGUAAUUGCUAUCAAAACCAACACUGCCCUCGACAAAUAAUUGUGUUCAAUUUGAACAGUACACCAAUCUCGAUACCUAUUUAACCAAUCGACACCUUAUCAUUGGUAAAAAAAGGAAAAAAGAGUCAACAAUUUCAACCAGCGGUAACUCGACAGUGGAGUAAAAGCAUCUUUUUAUCAAAGUAAUACCUACUUACUUUCUUACUAUUAUCUGAAAGAAAAAACAAAAACUCAUAACGUUAAAGUUUCUAAGCAUUGUAAGUGGGGGCUGGGUUUACGAGAAUAAAAAAUCAAGUGUGCAUCCCAGUUUUAGAAACUACACACAAAAAAACACGUUGUUUGUUAUACAAAAGAUAUGGCGACAACUUUUCAUUGAAGAGUUGAAUGAAAAUAAAAUUGGAGAAAGCCUUUACACA